GCAUUCUUUUGGACCGUCAUGCAAGUCGCGACACCUCCCCCCGAUUCUUUCUUGGUAUUUAACAGGCUACCGCUUGAAAUCGGCAUCAUUAUUCUGGAGAAAUGCAGUCCAUAUGACCUUUCCCAGCUUUCGCUGACCUCCAAGCGAAUCCGAGCUCUCAUAUCGCGACAUCCCCGGAUCUGGCAGAACGCCUACGACAAUAUUUCUCGCGGUGACUGCCCGCCACCUCCAGCGUGUCCUCAAGUCGAGGCGAGUGGUUUCUAUGGGAAAGACGCGUAUGCGAUUUGGCUGUUUGGCGGAGGGCCGUGCACUUACUGCACCAAAUCAACGACAGGUCUUCCUUGCGACUUCAUCUUCCGCAAUAGAGCUUGUUCGCCUAAGUGCUACGGGAUUCUGCGCUCACGGUCAACCAAUAUCAUCGACACCCCGAAGAAAUAUACCAACCAUGUGUUCACGAAAUGGCUCGCGCAGCGGAUGCUUCCGUCUAAAUCUACUCCAGGCGACCUGGACCUAGCGUUCUCGCGGGUCUUGUUCAAGAAGGCGGGACGCGAGCUUGAGCAAGCAGUCAAUCCCAAGAGCCAGUUCACGGGCGAGUUCCGUCGCCGGACGUGGACAGAGCUGAAGGAGGAAUACUCCAAACGCGAGACUUCUCGUCCGAUUCUGCACCAGAAUGCGACGGAUCUCACGGCGUGGGCUGAGCUCUACCAGAAAGAGAAGGUCAAGGUUGAAAAGGCAAAUCGUGAAUUCAUGUCCAGCGUUAGUCGGGCAGAAUCGAUAAGGUUGCAGCAAGUGCUUCGCUGCUCAACCAUGAAGCGACUUGUGUCGGUUUUUGGGCGAGAUCUGUCGUUGAUCACCUUUACUGUCUGGAUGGAGUACCGUCGCGUCAUCCUUGCAGAACUAGAGGUUCUGCUGGCAUCCCAGAAAGGAAAGGCUCCAUGUCCUUAUUGCGAUCGGUUUGUCAAGGUGCUCGGCAUUAGGGAUCACAUGAUCUUAUCACACCAACACGAGGAUCCGAAUGCGACACCGUAUAUCCGCGAGCUUGGUCGCGAUAACGAGAAGAGAAGCUGCAUGGAGUGUCCAUUCUCUAAACGACCACGCUUAUUCACGCCCGACGCGCUGGAGUUGCACAGACUACACUGCCAUGAUGAUACCGUUCUGCGCACUACUUGUCGGCUCUGUCCUCCGGGUUCAGAUCGUCAAUUUACGACGACGGCACUGGAAAAACAUGUUAAAGCCAAACAUUACGAGUAG